AUGUCGUCGCCAUUAUCAUGCGUAGUGAUCCUUUCACUAUCUCUCACUUUGAGUUCAGCCGGGAAUCUCAUUAAGACUCAUUCAUGGAACCCAUCGCCUUCAAUCACAGAAACAAACUUUGAAGUUGACGUUACAGCAAACGAGGCAAAAUCUACUGAUUGGGAACUUAUCGUUGAAUUCAGUGCUCCAGUAUCUGCCAUAACAGAAUGGACCACAAGUGCCACUAUGCAGGCAGGAUCUGGUGGCAAGAUCUGGGAGUUAAGCGAUAAAUAUUCCAAAACUUUCCAAAAUGGUGAGGCUUUCCAGUUUACCUUUCAAGCUACAUCUGAAGUGCCCGUUACUGGCACAGUGCGGUGGGCGAAUGGACCUGUUGAGUCAGGAGAAUCUACAACUACAUCUUCAACAACUCAAUCCACAACUCUGUCUACAACCCAGUCAACAAUCCCAUCGACAACCCCAACAACCACUCCAUCGACAACCCCAACAACAAGCGCUUCAACCGGGGCAACCUCCGGGAAUCUCAUUAAGACUCACUCAUGGAACUCAUCGCCUUCAAUCACAGAAACAAACUUUGCAGUUAACAUAACAGCAAACGAGGCAAAGUCUACUGAUUGGAAACUUAUCGUUGAAUUCAGUGGUCCAGAAUGGACCACAAGUGCCACUAUGCAGGCAGGAUCUGGUGGCAAGAUCUGGGAGAUAAGCGAUAAAUAUUCUAAAACCUUCCAAAAUGGCGAGGCUUUCCAGUUCACCUUUCAAGCUACAUCUGAAUUGCCUGUUACCGGCACAGUGAGAUGGGCGAACGGACCUUCAGAGCCAGGAGAAUCUACAACUACAUCUUCAACCACUCAAUCCACAACUCUGUCUACAACCCAGUCAACAACCCCAUCGACAACCCCAACAACCACCCCGUCGACAACCCCAACAACCACUCCAUCGACGACCCCAACAACCACUCCAUCGACAACCCAAACAACCACUCCAUCGACAACCCAAACAACCACGCCAUCGGCAACCCCAACAGCAAGUGCUACAACUGGGACAGCCUGUAACGAAUGGAGAAAUGUUAGGUUUGGAGCUUCCUGGAACGGGGGUCUCGAGGCAUAUGUUGAAAUUACCGGUUACACCAUCCGCCUAUCUACCAACGUUGAUAUAUAUGCCUUUGAGCAAUGGGAAGGUGGACAAUGUACCCGAGAUGGCAAUCAGGUGCGCAUGCAAUAUGAUAGUUCCAGUUCCGAGCGCAAGUUUCUGAUCAGAUUCGAUGGCAGUAUUGAUCCCAGCUCUGUGAAAGUUUGCGCCGAUGCUGAUGAUAGCGCACUAGAUAAUCCAGGGUCGUGUGAUGGGAGCUCAACAGGUGGUGGAUCUGGUGGCUCAGGGGGUUCAACUGGUGGCUCAACGUGUGCAUAUGAAACAGACGUUGUUCCUGGUACCGCAGAGUAUUUGGAUGUUCUUCACAAAUCAAUACUCUUCUACGAGGCUCAAAGGUCCGGGGAACUACCCACCGAUAACAGGAUCAGCUGGAGAGGCGACUCAGCAUUGAGCGACAUAGACGGAUCCCGUGAUCUAACAGGAGGCUGGUAUGACGCUGGAGACCACGUAAAAUUCGGGUUUCCUAUGGCAUGGUCGGCAACGACCCUCAUCUGGGGAAUGAUUGAGUUCGAGAGUGGAUAUGGCACAGAAAUUGACAAUGCUUUAGAUCAGGUUAAAUGGGCACUGGACUAUUUCCUAAAGUGUAAUGUAAUGGAUUCCAAUGGACAGACUAUUAAAUUCUAUGGACAGAUUGGCAAUGGACAAGCUGAUCACAACUACUGGGGUCCAGCAGAAGCAAUGACAAUGGCUAGACCUAUCGCUUAUCUCUCCACUAGUAGUCCUGGCUCGGACCUUGCAGCUGAGACAGCUGCAGCACUAGCGGCUGGAUACAUCCUUUUCAAAGAUUCAGAUUUAACCUACGCAAAUACACUUCUGGAAAACGCAAAGGCUCUCUAUUCUUUUGCUGAAACCUACAAGGGAAAAUAUUCAGAUUCUAUUGGGGAUGCUUCAGCCUUUUACAAUUCGUGGAGUGGCUAUAAUGACGAACUAGCUUGGGGAGCUGCAUGGUUGUACAAAGCAACAAAUGAUCCUGCCUACAAGGCCAAGAUCUCGAAUUGCAAUGGCGUAAAGGAGGAAUUCUCGUGGGAUGAGAAAUGUCCCGGUGUGAAUGCACUGAUGGCUGAAGAAGACAAUGCACAUAAAGCUACCCUAAUGACAUUUGCCGACAAUUGGGCUGGCAAGUCCUUGACCCCAUGUGGCCUAGCUUGGCUUCGUGAGUGGGGACCCAACAGAUACGCAGCUAAUGCCGCUCUCAUCACGCUCUUCGCCAGUAAAUAUGCAGAUACAACCAGCGAUGCCACAAAAUACCUGGAAUUCGCCGAGGGUCAAAUCCAUUAUAUGCUCGGAUAUGGGUCCCCGAUGAGCUUUGUAGUGGGAUUCAACCACAGCGAGGCACCUGACUACCCCGACAGACCUCAUCACAGAGGAAGCUCGUGCAUUUGGCUAGGAGGUCAAUCGUACACAUGUGAGUCUGACCCAAACAAAGCAAACCCCAACAUUCUUGUGGGCGCACUGGUUGGAGGACCCGAUCAGAACGACAAUUACAAAAAUGAUAGGAACGAUUACAUUCAGAACGAAGUGGCAUGCGACUAUAACGCUGGAUUCCAAAGUGCUGUCGCGGGUCUGCGGUUACAUCUCAGCAAUGGUGGGAAUUGGUGAUGUGAAGUGACGUGACGUUGUCAUGUUUACCGACCCCCGGCAAAAACAUAGAGUGAUAUACAAAUAUGUUACCCUAGUGGAAAUAACAAACAUAAAUAUAUUGAAGUGAU